UUCACUUUCGAUGUGAAACAAAAGACAGUGGAAAAGAGAAGCAAAGAGAGGAAGCUCCAGGACGACUGGAAAAGAUGGCUUCAGCAAACCCAAUGCAGGAUCCAGUGUGUCUGAUAGAAAAUAAUGAUCUAAAGAAGUUAGUUAUCAAUGAUGAAGCCUUACAGAUUCUUAUGAACAUCACCCAGCCUGUAGUCGUUGUGGCAAUUGUAGGACAAUAUCGAACUGGAAAAUCUUAUCUAAUGAAUAACUUGGCAGGACGCAAAAAAGGGUUUGAACUAGGUGCCUCCAUCCAGUCUAAGACUAAGGGGAUCUGGAUGUGGUGCAUUCCUCAUCCUACUAAACACGGACAUACUUUGGUUCUCUUGGAUACCGAGGGAUUGGGAGAUGUGGAAAAGGGAGACAGUGAAAAUGAUGCCUGGAUCUUCUGUCUGGCUGUUCUCUUGAGCAGUAACUUUGUGUUUAAUAGUGUGGGCACUAUAAACCAGCAAGCAAUGGAACAGCUACAUUAUGUGACAGAGUUAACAAAACGGAUUCGGCUGAACUCAUCUGAGAGGAGAGAUGAGAAAGAGUCCGACGAAUACAGAAGAGUUUUUCCAUCCUUUACAUGGUGUGUAAGGGAUUUCCAUCUUCAACUAGAGCGGAAUGGACAGAAAAUAACGGAGGAUGAAUAUCUACAGAACAGUCUGAUGUUAAAACCAGGGUUGUCAGAACAUGUUAGACAAUACAAUCUUCCUCGUGAGUGCAUUAACGAGUACUUUCACUCACAUAAAUGCUUUGUGUUUGAUCGUCCAACUUCUACAGAGAACCUUCAACAUCUGGAAGAUUUGCAAGAUCUUGAUCUGAACAAAGUGUUUGUAGAACAGACGCAUAGGUUCUGCAAUUAUACGCUCACGGAAGGCAGAGUUAAAACCGUCGCAGGGGGACAAGAGAUUAAUGGAAGAUUGCUUGGAAACCUUGCCAGAACAUACGUGGAAACAAUACAUAGCGGGUCUAUACCAUGCAUGGAGAGUGCUGUUGUUGUUCUUGCUAAAAUGGAGAAUGAUGAAGCUCGGAAGGAUGCUGUAAGCACUUAUAGAGCUAUGAUGAAGUCAAAUGAAGAAAGUUUUCCAACAGAAACACAGGACGAGUUAUUGGAUAUGCACAGGAUAUGUGAGCAGGUGGCUCUGGGAGUGUUUCUGGGUAGUUCUUUUCAGGAUAAAGAUCAAAAAUACCUACAAGAGCUUAAGAGACAAUUGGACGACAUAUUCAGUGAGUUUUCCAAAUGUAAUGAAAACAAAUCAGCAACUCGAUGCAAGGAAGUUCUUGAAAUUCUCUGGGCACCUAUGGAGACAAAUAUAUCCAGAGGGAUUUAUAUGAAACCAGGUGGCUACAGGCAGUUUUCGGAAGAUAAAAUGUGGCUGGUGAAUGAGUAUAUUAAAAUACCAGGCAAAGGAAUGAAGGCUCUGGAAGUGCUCCAGGAUUUUCUCAAUAAGACUAAAGAUGUUGAAGUCGGGAUCAUGCAAGCAGAUCGGACCCUGACACAGAAAGAAAAGGAGCUUCAAGAUAAUAAAGCCAGGGAAGCGGCAGCACAGAGGGAGAAGGAAAUUCUGGAAAUGAAAAACAAACACACUGAGCAGCUUCUUUUAGCCGAGAGAAGAAAUUACGAGCAGAACGAGAAGAUGCUGUUGGAAAAGAUGGAAGCAGAUAAAAAUCGACUUAGGGAAGAGAAUAAAUGGCUGAUAGAACAGAAAAUGAAAGAAAUUGAAAUUGUGAAGAAUCAAGAGUUUCAGGGACAAAUUUAUAAGCUACAAAGAGAUCUUGAACAGCUAAAAGCUAAAAAAGCAAAAGAUGAAGAAGAUAAUGGGUGGUGUGUUAUAGCUUAAAGGAAUACACCAUGUGAACAACACAUCUCCCUAUAUGGCUUUGAAGUGGACACAAUGUAUUAAAUCAAAAGAAUAGUCAAAUGUAAGGGAGUUGUUCCCAAACCAGUCCUCAAGACACCCUUACCAGUCCAGGGUUUAGGAAUUACCCAGUUGUUUUUAAACCCAUAUUGUGUUCCUUUAUUUCUUCCUUUGAGCAGGGCCUUCUUCACCUUUUGUGUCGGCCAACAUUAAUUUUGCCUGUCAAUUACUUAUAGUUAAAGGAUCACUAUAGUGUCAGGAACACAAACUUGUUUUCCUGACACUAUAGCAUCCUUAGGAACCCCCCACCCUCAGGGUCCCGCUCCCUUGGCGCUGACGGGGUUAAAUCCUCUUCAGCCACUUACCUUUAUCCAGCGCCGGGCUCCCCCGCUGAUGUCCACU